AUGUACAUAAUCACGGCCGCCACCAUGGCUUCCACCUCCGCCGGCGGCGUCGGCGCGCCCGCCGUGCUCGCGCCGCUAUUCCUAGUCGCCUCUGACGGCCACCUGCGGCCCAGCCAGGCCGUCGGGAUAGCCCAGGUGGUGCCUAUUGCCGCGGCGGUCGUAAACAUCCUGGUUUUCGCAAACCAGUACCUGCUGGACUGGAAUCUCGCUAUCCUGACGGCCGCGCCCCUCGCGGCCGGCAUCACCCUGGGCGGCCUCGCGAACAAGCUCGCGCCGCCGCUGGUUGUGCACGCCCUCGCGCUGGCCGUGCUGCUGGUGGCGAGCGCCAGCCUCCUCUCCAAAACGCUGAGCAUGGUGGAGGAGCGGCGGCGCGCGCGGCGCGCGGCGGCGGCGGCGGCAGCAGCGGCGAGCGCAGAGGCGGCGACUGCGGCGGUCGGCGGGAAAGGUGUGGCGGGCAGCAGCAGCAGCAGCAAAGGCAGCGGUGGCGGGGAAUCGGAGGACGACGCCGUUUUGUUGGUGGCCGACAGCGGUGUCGCGGCGCCCGACAAGGCGGUGGGCCUCAGCGUCGGCGUGCUGACUGGGCGGCACCCGCUGCACGCGGCGCUGCUGGCGGCGCUGCUGGCGGCGAUGGCGCUGCCGGGGGUGACCAAGGCGGCGGGGCCCUGCGGGACAUGGCAGUGGUGGCUGGCAUUCCUCAGCGGCGUGCCCGCCCUGCUGGCGAUCGCGCUCGGCCUCGGCUUCCUGGUCUGGCGCUCCCAGCGCGCCCUCGACGCCGGCGCCGCGGCGGGCGCCCCGCUCUCCGGCCCCGCCGCCGACGCCGCGCGGCAGGUCCGGUGGCGCCCCCGCAUGCUCGCCGCCUUGCCCGCGGCGGCGCUGCUGAUUGGCAGCAUCCAGGGUUUCAGCGGGUCAGGGUCGGGCCCGCUGGUCGCGCGGCUGUUUUUGCUCUUCGACGUCGAUCCGAUGACGAUGGCCGCGUCCGCCCAGAUGGUGAUCCUUCCUAUUGGAGUGUCCGGCAUGGUCGUGUUCACUGUCCUGGGGGAGCUGCACUGGGGGCUGGCGGGGGCGCUGAUGGGCGUCUCGACGCUGUGCACGAUCGCGGGCCACGUGUUCGUCGGCCGCUGGGUGAUCAAAAACAACAAGGUUGUGUUCGUCAUGGUCCUCGUGUGCACGCUGUGCGUGCUGACGACGCUCGCGAUCGGGCAGCAGGUCGUGCGGGAGGCGGUGGGCGCCGCGCGGGGUGGGGCGGUCGGCGGCGGCGGCCUGUGCGGGGGCUGA